AUGAGCGGCGUGCCACCCGUGGAAAGAAGCUGUCACCAUCCUCAUCUACAAAAGGGUGAUGACAGCGACAUCACCAACUUCCGCCCAUCGCCCUCAUGUCAACCAUGUAUAAGCUGUUCAUGGGAGUGCUCCAAACGCCUAACAAGGUGGAGCAUCGACACGGGGAUCCUCUCGGACGAGCAAAAGAGUGCUAGACCCUCCGAAGGUUGUUACGAACACACUUUCAUGCUCAAGUCAAUUGUUGCCGAUGCCCGCCGAAAAGCAGAAAUUGUGCAUCGCUUGGCGAUCCGUAGCGCCCGGCAGUGUGUCGCACCAGGUCAUCCGCUCGUCCCUUCUGCACGUUGGUGUUCCUCCAGACAUGGUUGCACUCAUCAUGAACGCUUAUGCUGGUGCAUCCACAACCAUCCUCACACCUGGCGGAAGAACCGAAUCCAUCCCUGUCCAUGCUGGCGUGAAACAAGGAUGCCCCCUCAGCCCUAUUGUGUUCAACCUCUGUCUCGAGCUAAUCCUUCGCUCGGUCAGGACAGGGCGCAGGCAAAGGGCUGGGGUGUGCAAAUUCAAAAUCGAACCGUCUCCUGCCUUGCGUACGCUGACGAUCUCGUUCGUGGCGCGGACUCGAAGCGCUCCAGAUUCGAAUUCCGACCAGACAAGUGUGCCACCCUCUAUCUCACGUCCGACGGUAGACGACGCCUCUGGACCGACCGCCACGACUUUCAUCUUCACGGUGAUCACCUACCGGCUCUCGAAAACGAACAAUCGUAUCGUUAUUUAGGGGUGCCGAUAGGUGUGAUCCAUAACAUCGACGACAUUCCAUCGAUAAUUCCACGCCUCAUCCACGACCUCCACGCCAUCAACAACUCACUCCUAGCACCUUGGCAGAAACUUGAUGCUAUUCGGACGUUCGUGCAACCAUGCCUCACGUAUGCACUCCGGGCGGGCGAUCCUCUGAAAAAAUCAUUGAGUGAAUACCGUUCGCUACUCGUCCGGGUGCUGCGUGAGAUUUGCAAUCUGCCCACUCGAGCCACGCAGAGCUAUUUCUUCGCAGCAAAGAAGGCUGGCGGUUUGGGCUUGCAGGAUCCGGACGUGGAAUGCGACCACCAAGCCAUCGUCCAGGCCGUCCGUAUCCUGGCUUCCAACGACGCCAAUGUUAGCACCAUCGCACGGGAGGACCUUCGAUCCUUCGUCCGCCAAACCACGCAAUCCAACCCCACAGCAGACCUCAUCACAAAAUACCUCUCCGCUCACGACGACCCCCGCCUCAAAACACUUCACUACUCUUCACAUUCUUCCCUCUGGUCCCGCGUUCGCAAAGCAUGCCGUCGCCAACAUGUCACCAUCCACUUCUCCGACAACGAUCCACCCACCAUCUCUGCAGACGAAUCUGACAAAGUCAAUUCUAAGCAGAUAUCCCUAUUCCUUCAUCGCCUAUCACAACAACGCCACGCCGACACCCUCACAUCACUCCCGGACCAGGGGAAAGUUGCCCGCUGCCUUGUGGAGGACGUCUAUGGUAAUGGUUCGAGCUGGCACAUGAAUGGCCUCAAUAUCCGAUUUAAAGACUGGAGGUUCAUUCAUCGUGCCAGGCUCAACGUCCUGCCCCUCAACGCCCACAAGAGCAGAUUUUCACACGCUCUACCCACAUGCCGCCACUGCCUCCAACCCGAGACACUCCCUCACGUCAUCUGCCACUGCCGCCCGUCGAUGGUGCAAAUUAGAGAUCGCCACAAUCUCCUUGUCGCUCGCCUACUAAACGCCACGAGAUUUGGAGAGAUCACCACAGACCGUGCCGUACAGGGUUCGGGACUUCGACUUCGCCCGGACAUCAUCAUCGAAGAGGAUAACGAAGUCCUUAUCAUCGACGUCGCCUGUCCGUUCGACAACGAUGAAAAAGCUGGCGAGGCUGCUCAACAAAAAAUUACAAAAUAUGAGCCCCUCAAGCGCCACUUCAUCGAAUCGGGCAGGCAAUGCCAAGUGAUCCCCUUCGUUGUUGGUGCCCUCGGUUCCUGGUACCGCCCAAAUGAAUAUCUCUGCGUCAGAAUGGGGAUGACACGCCGGUACAAGAACCUCUUUAGGAAACUUUGCUGUACCGAUGCCAUCCGCGGAUCGACUAACAUCUACAGACAACACCUCGGCUGUGACGAUGCAGCUCCAACUAUGGAUGAGCUGCAACCAUCCAACUGA